AUGGAGGACGAGGCUGUUGGGCAGGUUUCUGUUAGGUUCAAGGGAGAAAAUGGCGAUGAGCUCGGUGGUGCUGGAAUUCUACUGCCAGUAUCGGUCACUUCGAAUCAGUUGCAAAUCCUUUGUAAUCAGUUGUUAGAAAGCAGUGAUGACCCUGUACCGAUAUCAUUUUUCACCGAAGAGGGUAUCGAAAUUGUCGGGAGCAUUGAAAAAAGUCUGGAAAAAAUCGACUUCGAAAAGACGCUAUGCCUUGUUUACCAACCACAAGCUGUCUUUCGUGUUCAACCAGUUACACGAUGUUCGUCGAGCAUGCCUGGUCAUGGAGAACCUGUCAUUUCUGCUCAGUUCAGUCCUGAUGGGAGAGGGCUUGCUAGUGGAUCAGGUGAUACAACUGUGAGGAUCUGGGAUAUAGACACGGAGUUGCCUCUUUUCACCUGUAAAGGACAUAAAAAUUGGGUUCUAUGCAUAGCAUGGUCCCCUGACGCGAAGAAGAUUGCUUCAGCUUGCAAAAAUGGGCAGAUCAUGAUAUGGGACGCAUCUACUGGCACACAAAUUGGGAAAACCUUGUCGCGACAUAAACAGUGGAUCACCCAUUUGGCCUGGCAACCCAUGCACAAAGAUCCAAGCUGCAGGUAUCUUGCAAGCGCUGGGAAAGAUGGAAAUAUUCUCAUAUGGGAUACCGUUAAAGGAACUGUUGAACGAUCUCUAAGUGGUCACACAGCCUGCGUGACUAGCAUACGAUGGGGUGGAGAAGGGCUUAUCUAUUCUGGAUCCCAGGACCGCACGGUAAAGGUGUGGCGUGCCAGCGAUGGAAUAAUCUGUAGAAAUCUUGUUGGCCAUGCACAUUGGAUCAAUACGUUAGCCUUAAACACGGACUAUGCUCUGAGAACAAGCUGUUUUGAUCCAAAAACCGGUUGUAAUAGACCUCCAAGUGAGUCUGAGUGUCAAAAAGUUGCUCUGCGGCGUUAUGAGGAGGCACUCAAAGUGUGCGGAGGCGAAAGACUAGUAAGUGGUUCAGAUGACUUCACGAUGUUUCUGUGGAAUCCGUCCGAGUCUAAGAGUGCUAUAGCAAGGCUAACCGGUCAUCAGCAGCUCGUUAAUCAGGUUAUGUUUUCACCAGAUACACGGUACAUAGCAUCAGCCUCCUUUGACAAAUCUGUUAAGCUUUGGUGUGGGAGGACCGGCAAAUUUAUUGCUUCAUUGAGGGGUCACGUCAACGCCGUAUAUCAAGUGGCAUGGUCGGCUGAUAGCCGCUUAUUAGUUUCUGGUUCGGCUGAUUCCACACUCAAGGUGUGGGAAAUUCGGAGCAGGCGGCUACACUUUGAUUUGCCAGGUCACGGCGAUGAAGUAUAUACGGUAGAUUGGAGUCCCGAAGGAACAAAAGUGGUUAGUGGCGGUAAAGACAAAGUGCUAAAGCUGUGGCGUCAAUAG